AUGUGCGCGUGCAAACACAAAAAGUCUUUCUUCAUCGAUGAUAUACUUGAUAACCCAAAGAAAUCCUAUAGAAACCUAACCAACGAUUCUACAGAAUCAUAUAAAACUAAAAUUGUUGGUCGAAUAGAGAAGGAAAAAGAAGCAAGGUUUAACACAGCAGAAGUAGAUAGAGAGUUAGAACUAUCAAAUGCCAACGUAAAUCUGGAACAAAGAAGGAAUACGUAUCCUUUAUAUCCAACGCCAAUUAAAGCGGGGAUUCCUUGGACACCGUACAGAGUUAAAGCAAAUUAUCCAUUAGAGUCCAGGCAUCCAUUCAGUUACUACAGUGACCCAGUUAUGAAUUCGGAACAAAUUCUACGAAGUCAACUGGCUGUUAGCAGAUUCCCGUCGCAUCCCUACAUCCGACAAACGUACGGAUUUGAUAGAGGUACGAUUUUUUUUAAUUAA